AUGACACCUCCUGCAACUGCGUCAAUGCUUCCAGCCAAUGCCUGUACGGGAUGCCAGUGUCCUCGCGACAAUGCUUCUUGGAGAGAAUACGACGUUGGAGUUGCGUGCGACGUGGUUGACGGAAGCGCGUUCAGUUCUCAAGCUCCUUGCAUGUGCGGAGAUACUAGGUGCAAGCAAAGUGAGGUAUGUACUUAUAGCCCUUUUGUCGAGUUGUGCCAACGGUCAGGGGCUUUAGUACUGCGAUCGCCGUGUAUGCUGGGCGGGUCGCCACUCAUAUUCGAAUAUGAAUGUAAUACGUAUUUCGAUGCACCAGUAUAUUCCGCUGUUGGCGGCUAUUAUCCGUAUUGGGAUUACGGCUGCGCAGGCGUUAUAGGCAGCCCGGCGAUAUGGGUCUUCGACACUGACGAGCCAGCCAGGGCACCUCGGCAGACUGAUUUGGAUGGCGAUUCUGCUUGUAAUGUCCUUGCGUACAUAAACAGUUAUGAGAUUUCUGGUCCUCCGCCGGGGACUCAAAAUUGGACGAUCUCUUGCGACACUGGCGCGGACAAGGAGUCAGAGAUCAUCAUUGAACACCUGUAUGGACCGCUUCCGGCCGUCGAGUCGACGGGAGAUGCGUGCCCGUGUGCACCAUGGGCCACUGCAACGGUCACAACGUCGGCGACGUCUACAUCAACCGUGACUCUUUCAGGCACGUCUACAACGUUUGCCACAGAGACGGCACCGACACCAGCGCCACCACCGACGCCAGCGCCGACGGCACCGACACGAGCAGCACCACCGACGCCAGCGCCGACGCCAGCGUCGACGGACUCCGAUUGCCCAGACAAUUCAACAGGGCACAGUGUGGGGCAUGGCUGUGUGUGCGAUGCGGGCUACUCGGGUUCGAUAUGGCCUGCAAGAGAUUAUCCAUUCUACAACGGUUCGUGCAUUGCAGUGAAUUGCCCUGAACAUUCCACAGGAGUUAGUGCACCAGACAGUUGUACUUGCGAACCUGGGCACAUGGGAGCAAUUCGGCCUGCAUCGGAAGCUCCGUUCUACAAUGGAUCGUGCGUUGCAGUGGAGUGUCCGGCGGGUUCUUCAGGGACCAGUGUAGCCAACGGAUGCGUGUGUAAUCUUGGCUAUUCUGGCACAUGGACAUGCGAGGCUGGUUAUUCUGACACGAUCACGGCAACGACGAUCGAACCAUAUUACAGCGGAUCCUGCGAGGCCGUGAAUUGCCCAGGCAAUUCAACAGGAAACAGCGUGGCGGACGGAUGUGCGUGCAAUGCUGGGUUCGAGGGGGUAAUAAACCCCAUAUCAGAACCACCGUUCUACAGUGGAACUUGCACCGUGCUAGGGUGCAGUGCGGCUCCGACGCAUGCCCCCACAGCACUUCCCACAUAUUCCCCGACGUCCGCUCCCACGGUUUCUCCGACGGCUUCUCCAACGCUUGUUCCUACGUUUCUCCCCACGCCUGCUCCUACGUUUCUCCCCACGCCUGCUCCUACGCAUCUACCAGGCGCGCCGACUCCGCCCCCGACGGUUGCCCCGACGUUCGCCCCAACGUCGGCGCCCACGCUUGCACCCACACUGCUGCCAUGCGCCAAGUUCGACGAAGCUGGCACGUCGUACCCGUGCAAGUGCGGCACUGCGACUUGCAAUCAGGAUGAAUUGUGCUACUUCGCGAGCAGCACAUGUGCGCCGGCGUGUUCGAACAUCGACGCAACAGAUUUGUUUGACACGACGGUGGGCCGUUGCGGGCGUGGUGCGAACAUUUGCACAACCACGAACAGCAAUUAUUGCCAUAAGGAAUCGAACAGAUGCAUAGCUUGCAGCUCCGAAGGAACGUGUGAUGAUGUCGUGUACGUGUGUGAGGGGUUUGAGGUUCUUUCGCAUGCAUGGCAGGGGCGCGCUAACUUGCGCAAUGCCGUAAUACCGAGCUCGAUCUAUCUAAUCGGCGAGUUCGCUUUUGCAGACUCGCCCUUGCAGUCCGUCUCGAUUCCAGAAGGGGCUCUCAUCAUCAGGAAUUCCGCUUUCGAGAACACAUCGCUCACAGAGGUGAGGCUUCCGUCCACGCCUCGGGCCGUGUUUGACCGCGCAUUUUGGUCGAACUCCUACUUGCGACACAUGACCAUGUUUUUUCCCAAACCCAGUUAG